AUGACAGAGAUUCUGCUUCUGGGAUUUCAGAACCCUCGGAUUUUUAACCAGAUGUUAUUCGCUAUAUUCCUUGUUUUCUACAUUUUGAUAAUGUUCAGCAACCUGACGAUCAUUUUACUGGUGGCAAAGGUUAAAAGCCUGCAUACUCCCAUGUAUUUCUUCCUCACUCAGUUAUCAUUGUCCGAUAUCCUGCUCACAACCAAUAUAGUCCCAAACAUGCUCCACGUUAUAAUGAAAGGAGGAAGCACCAUAACGUUCCCUGGCUGCAUCACACAGCUUUACUUCCAUGGCAUUUCCAUUGCUGCCGAGUGUCUUCUUCUCACUGUGAUGUCCUACGACCGAUAUUUGGCCAUCUGUGACCCAUUGCAUUAUACCUCCAUCAUGGAGCUCAGGCGUCAGGUCCUGCUAAUUAUGUUGUGUUGGCUUUCUGCUUUUCACUUAAUGUUCCCCAUUAUUUUCCUCGUAGCUAACUUACACUUUUGUGGACCCCCCAAAAUUGAUCACUUCUUCUGUGAUCUUGCUCCUCUUCUCGAGUUGUCCUGCUCAGAUCGUACUAUUGUUGAACGUGUAGACAUAGCCUUAGGAAUACCUUCUGUCGUUCUGCCUUUUUUCUUCAUUCUGUUCACGUAUACCUAUAUUUUCUUCACGAUUCUUGGGAUUUCCUCCAGCACCGGGAGGCAGAAAGCCUUCUCCACCUGCAGCUCUCACCUGACCGUAGUGUGCACCUACUAUGGGACGCUAAUAAUAAUUUAUAUGUUUCCUUCUUCUAAGAGACAAUUAUCUAUUGGAAAUAAGCUCAUAUCUCUGCUAUAUUCAGUGGGAACACCAUUUCUCAACCCAGUUAUAUACAGUCUUAGGAACCAGGAGAUUAAGACGGCUCUGCUUAAAGGUUUUCCACGUAGUUUCAAAAUAACUUAA